AUGGAUCACGAUGACGAUCUGUCAGACAUGGUUUUCACCCCUCCCCUUUCCACCCGGUCUGGGAGUCGAAGCUCGCGGCGAGUAAACCAUUCACCGCAAGAGACCGUGCGACAGUUCUGGGAUCAAUUCAAUACUAAAUAUCCGGGGAAAGUGUACACCGUGCUACCCAACAACCCAUACGCACGCACCAAGGCCGCGAAGCUUCCUAAGGGGGUGAUUCAAGCACAAGAUGCGGGUAAAUCAUACGAGCAGAUCAGAAAGGAAUGCCGCCGGACUGUUGAUCGCAUCAUCAACGAAUGCAAGCGAUUGAACCAGAAGUACACAGAUCCCCAUUUUGACAUCGAGGUCGAUCUCAAAUCUGGGAGAAGGCAUUACCUGGAUGGGUUAGAGGAGAAGAACAUGGAGAUGCGCCCGAGGGGAGUUAAACGGGUUACUGAAAUCUUUGAGAAGCCGCAGUUUUUCGUUAAUGGGCCUACUGCUUCCGAUGUCCGACAGGGCCGGGAUGGAGACUGUUGGUUCAUGGCUGCUCUAUGUACCAUGGGGAACAAGCAAGGCUUGAUCGAGAAGAUCUGUGUUGCUCGCGAUGAGAAAAUUGGCGUCUACGGGUUUGUGUUCUAUCGAGAUGGUGAAUGGCAGCAAUGCAUCGUGGACGAUAAAUUAUAUCUACGAGCAGCAGACUAUGACGAAUCGAUUGAUGAGCGGCCGAUCUGGGACGACAUCAAUCGGAACGACACCGAGGAAGAGUAUCGCAAAGUCUGGCAGACAGGGUCUCGGGCGUUGUAUUUCGCCCAGUGUGUGGAUGAGAAUGAGACUUGGCUUCCGCUGCUUGAGAAGGCUUACGCAAAGGCGCACGGCGACUACUCUGCUAUCGAAGGCGGGUUUGUUGGGGAAGCGAUCGAAGAUCUUACUGGCGGUGUUACUUCCGACAUUCUGUCCAGCAAUAUCCUGGACAAGGAUAGAUUCUGGGAGGAGGAGCUCAUGAAAGUCAACAAAGAAUUUCUGUUUGGCUGCGCUACUGGGUUGUUCUCCAACUGGUUGGACCCAAAAUACCAAGGACCCCCAAGAGACAGAAAGGGUAUUUCGGAGAAUCACUCUUAUUCGAUCAUGGAUGCGAAAGAGAUUGACGGCCAUCGUCUGAUUCGAUUAAGAAACCCGUGGGGCAAAAAGGAAUGGAAUGGAGCCUGGGGCGACGGUUCAGAGCAAUGGACUCCUCAGUGGAUGGAAAAGCUAGGCCAUAAGUUUGGAAACGAUGGGUUCUUCUGGAUAUCCUACAACGAUUUACUCAAGAAGUAUCAACAUUUCGAUCGAACUCGCCUCUUUGGCCCUGAAUGGACUGUCACACAGCAAUGGACUACUCUGAACGUCCCAUGGUCUGCCGAUUACCACAGCACCAAGUUCAUGGUAAACGUGACCAAAGAGGGCCCGGUAGUCCUCGUCCUCUCCCAGCUUGAUUCGCGCUACUUCAAAGGCUUAGCCGGCGAGUACGACUUCAAAAUAAAAUUCCGGAUCCAGAAAGAAGGGGAAGACGACUACAUGGUCCGCAGUAACUGUAGCUACGUGAUGAGUCGAUCUGUGAAUGCGGAGGUUGAUCUCAGCCCCGGACGCUACCACAUUUUGAUGAAGGUCACCGCCUACAGAUGCAGCGACAUGGCGACGGAAGAUGUCGUCAGUCGAGUGGCACCAGUCGGGAGAGAAAAGCUAGUCCAGAUCGGACUUUCCUACGACCUUGCUCACGCUAAAGGUCUGGUCUUCGAGACCGAAAAAGAGAAACGGGCCCGCGAGGACCGCGAAGCACGUCGCAAGGCAGCGGAGCGGCGCAAUCUGCGGAAACAGACUAAGAGAAGGCUGCAAAAGGAAUGGAUCCGCGAGCGCAAGAUAGAUGGUCGAAAGCAGAGACGAGCAGAGCGACUGUCCGCCAAGAGCUCCGCAGAUAGUUAUCACCGAGUAGACUCGAGCCGCAGCGUACAGAUCCUCUCUGACGGACCAGUCCAGUCACCCUUGGACAUGGACUACAGUCCGGGCAUCGGCUUGGACAUGAAGCACGUCCGCAACGGCAACGGCAGCGUUCCUACCAUCCAGUGCAACGGAGUCCAUGUUACCGAGUACCACAUGUCGAGUAAGAAGGACUCGGGACGCUCAAGUCUCGACACCUUGCAUUCGCCGUCGUUCACGCAACCGCACUUCAAUCAACAGGAGCUGGAACUCCUGGAUGGAUUCGAAUUUGACUCGGACCUCGACAUGCCGCCCGAGGAACCGACCGAGCCAAGAGUCUGUCAGCUGUCACUGACAAGCUGCACGGAGGAAAGCAACAUCGACACCUGGAAUGCGGUGUGUGUCGUCGGGUUGAGAGUGUACUCCAAGGAUCCGCAGCUGUCACUGGAGGUUGUUCGUCCUGUGCCCGAAGACGAAGCCGAGGCUGCGCUCGACAUGGACGAUCCGGCCGCGAGUGCUGCUUGCGAGAAGGGCCCUUUUGAUCGGAAUGCAGUAUUCUUUUAG